AUGCCCCGACCGAAGCCGAAUCUCAUUUUGACAUCCGUUUUAGAUGCGUCUUGGAAAGACCAACUCGUCAUAUUCUUCAGCUCGCUGGAGUCCUCCCUUGGCCGCGAACUGCUCCUCUCUCAACGACACACUCAUCGGCAUCCCUCACCGGCGAGGGUGGAUGUGAAAAUCGUCAUUCCAGAUAAGAUUGCUGGUGUAUAUCUUCCAGCUACAUUCGUCGAGUUAGAGAAGAGAUUUCCGUUCGUCGAGUUCGUGGGAGGCUUACCGGAGGGUAAGGUGGAGUUACAGCGGUUUACGGCGUAUACACGACUCGUUGGUACACAAAACGCGAAAGCUACUCCAGAUCCCGAAGCGUGGGCAAAUAUAUACGACAAGAUCUUCGUGACCGACCUUGACGUUGUUUUUCAACGCAAUCCGUUUUCCUUUCCCAUGAAAAAAGGACAUUCAUUGGCGUUUUUCGCCGAGUGGGAAGGGAUGAAGAUUGGGCAGUGCACGACGAACAUGAUGUGGUUACAUUCAUGUACACCAUACCUUAUCAGCUCAGCGGAAAUGCAGUACUAUAGGCCGUUAGAGAGGAUCUGCGCAGGCACUACAAUCGGGACAGCACAGGCCGUGGCAGUUUAUCUGCAAACGAUGCACGAACUCCUGAGUGUCUCCAGCUACACCUGCAACGACCAAGCCCUCCACACCCACCUCUACCACUCUGCCCUCAUGAAUCGCAGACUACAAGAAGCUGGGUUAAAAAGUGAUGGUGUCUGGUUAGUCCCGAAUCAGGAAGCGUUGAUUGGGACGGUUGGAUGGACUCCGAUCGUGCUGUAUAAUGCGUGGGGAGAGGUGGUGAAUGAGAAGGGUGAGGUGCAAGUUGCUGUUCAUCAGAUUAAGCACCAUGACGCUCUCCACAAUCUGGUGCGAAUGAGGUAUGCGUAUGGUGUCGGUGAAAUUGGUACCGGUAGCCACCCAGACUGGCGCAUGAGGAUAACGGAUAGAGUGGAAGAGAAGGAGUUGGAUAGACAUGGGAUGGUGAGGUGGAAGUUCGAGGGAGUGCAGGAAGGGAUGUGUGCGGAAUUUCCGGGAUCGGGAUGUUCGUGUCGGUGGAAGGAUUGUCAGUACAACUAUACGUUUUUCGACAGGCCGGGGAAGCCGCAGCCGCAGUCGCAGUCGCAGCUGGAGUUCAAAUUGGAGUAG